AGCUGCUGAUGUGUGGCUUAUACAGCGGCAGGAGCAAAAUGGAUUCAGGAUUCACAUUGCUCAGCUUUCAUCUCUGUCAGACUUCAACAUGAUAUGGAAAGGAAAGGCAGAGAGGAUGGAUGUAGACGGCUGAAAUCACAGGGCUUCCAAAAUAAAAAAAGGGUUUUACCUCCCUGCAUCAUAACGUACAAGAAACUCCACUGUCCAGAAGAGAUGGGUGCUUCUUACUGAGGAAAUCAGGUUGAAGUUACUCAGAAUAAAAAGCAAUCAUGUCAAAAAAACUGCGUAAUAAGGGCGAAAAGCCCGAAGCCCUAAUACUUGCUCUUCAAGCUGCUAAUGAAGACCUCAGGACUAAAUUAACUGACAUUCAGAUUGAGCUUCAUCAGGAAAAGUCUAAGGUGACUAAAUUAGAAAGGGAGAAGAACCAGGAAAGCAAACGCAUAAAGGAGCAGGAGCAGCACAAGCACACAGUUACUAUUACAGAGCUGAGGGCCAAGCUGCAUGAGGAGAAGAUGAAGGAACUUCAGGCCGUGCGGGAAAACUUAAUCAAACAGCACGAACAGGAAAUGGCUAGAAUGGUGAAACUUAAAGAGGCAGAAAUUUUGAGACUUAAAUCUGCAGUAAAUGCACUGCGUGAUGGCAGCAGUGACAAAGUAAGAACAGCCCUAAGCGCAGAGGCGCGGGAAGAAGCCCGUAAAGUGUUUGAUACUGAGCGCCUUAAGCUUUUACAGGAGAUUACUGAGCUAAAGUCGGCCAAAAAACAGGUAGAUGAGGCUCUCAAUAAUAUAAUACAAGCUGACAAGCUGAAGGCAGGAGAUCUGAGGAGUGAGCAUCAGUCACAUCAGGAAGCAAUUGUCAAGAUUAAGUGGGAAAGUGAAAGGGACAUCCGAAGACUGAUGGAUGAAAUAAAGGCAAAGGACAGGAUCAUCUUCUCAUUAGAAAAAGAACUGGAGACCCAGACUGGCUUCGUACAGAAGCUUCAGCUACAAAAGGAGGCCUUGGAUGAACAACUCUUCCUGGUGAAGGAGGCUGAGUGUAACAUGAGCAGCCCAAAGCGAGAGAUCCCAGGACGGGCAGGAGAUGGAUCAGAGCAUUGUAGCAGCCCGGAUUUGAGAAGGAACCAGAAACGAAUGGCCGAAUUAAAUGCUACAAUCCGAAAGCUUGAAGACAGGAAUACGUUGCUUGUUGAUGAACGAAAUGAACUGCUCAGAAGAGUCAGAGAAGCAGAAAAACAAUGCAAACCUCUCCUGGAAAAGAACAAGUGCCUCACUAAAAGAAAUGACGAACUGAUGCAGUCACUGCAACGUAUGGAGGAGAAACUAAAAACUCUCACUAAAGAAAAUGCAGAAAUGCGAGAGAAAUUUACAUCACAUCCUCCACUUAAGAAGCUCAGAUCGUUAAAUGACCUGGAUCAAGCUGGCGAGGAGCAAGAAAUAGAGUUUUUGAAGUUGCAAGUUAUAGAGCAGCAAAAUAUUAUUGAUGAUUUAACACGCGACAGAGAAAAGCUUAUUCAGGAAAGAAACAUUAAAAGAAGUUCUAAACCUAUAAAGAGACAUCUAGUUGACACGGUUUUUCGGUUAUGAUGAUGAUCAAUGGACUCAGAAACAUCUUCUGUUGCCUCAUUUCGAACAGACAGAACACCAGCCACACCGGAUGAUGAUUUAGAUGAAAGUUUAGCUGCUGAAGAAUCAGAACUGAGAUUUAGGCAGUUAACAAAAGAAUACCAGGCGCUGCAGAGGGCGUAUGCACUGCUGCAGGAACACACCGGCAGUAUCAUAGAUGCUGAGAGAGGAAGCCAAGGUAACCGUGCACAGGAGCAGAUGCAAACGGAAGCUCUGCGCUACAAAGCAAAGAUCGAAGACCUGGAGAAGGCUUUUAGCAGAGAAAAGGGCAGGUUAGACUCACAUUGGGUAGAAGAAAAGCAACUUUUUAUGAAACGAAACCAGGAGCUUUUGGAAAAGAUUUCAAACUGGAAAUCAGAAAACACACAACUGCAUCAAGAUUUGCAAGAUGCUAGAGACCAGAAUGAAUUACUGGAGUUCGAAACCUAGAACCUUGAAGAAAGAGAAAGACGAUCCCCACCAUUUAACCUCCAGAUCCAUCCAUUUUCAGAUUGGCUGUUAGUGCACUUCAGGAUUUACUGUAUGAAGGAAGGUGGUUAGGAUGUCUGCAUACCCAGCAUCUUAUAAAGCAAACUGGACAUCCUAGGUGAUAAUGGGAACCUAAGGAAUGAAGAACAAGUUGCCAUAAUUCAAGCCAGCACUGUUUUAUCUCUGGCCGAAAAGUGGAUACGGCAAAUAGAAGGUGCAGAAGCCGCACUACAUCGGAAGAUGAUGGAGCUGGAGAGUGAUAUGGAGCAGUUCUGCAAACUGAAAGGUUAUUUGGAAGAAGAACUUGAUUACAGGAAGCAAGCCCUAGACCAGGCAUAUCUGCGAAUCCAAGAGCUGGAAGCCACCCUUUACAAUACAUUGCAGCAAGAACCUGUGAUCAAGUUUGGAGAGCUGCUGAAUGACAAGCAACAGGAUGAGCUAAGAAUGGCUGUGGAGAAGUUAAGACGGCAGAUGCUGAGAAAAAGCAGAGAAUUUGAUUGUCAGAUUCUGCAGGAAAGGAUGGAGCUUCUUCAGCAAGCUCACCAGAGGAUACGAGAUCUGGAGGAUAAAACAGAUAUUCAGAAGAGACAAAUCAAAGAUUUAGAGGAAAAGUUUCUUUUUCUAUUCUUGUUCUUCUCUCUCGCCUUCAUUUUAUGGCCUUGA